CCGUCCUGUCAGUUGUUGUCCUCCGGUAUUUGGGUUGGGUGUGUGUAAGUAGGUUAGCGGCGGCUGGCUGGGUGAAAAGUCUUGGUCCAGGGAGCUGGAGAAGGAGAAAGAAAGCUCGAGACAGCUUCAACCCGGACAGCAAGAUGGACGUUUUGAAAUCGGAGAUCCUCCGGAAGCGGCAGCUGGUGGAGGACAGGAACCUGUUGGUGGAAAAUAAAAAAUAUUUCAAGCGUAGUGAACUUGCAAAAAAAGAAGAGGAAGCAUAUUUUGAAAGGUGUGGCUACAAGCCUAUAAAUGAGAAGCCAUCUGGAGAGAUACAGCCAAAAGAUGAGGACCAGAAACCAUUAACUUCAUCGAAUCCAGUAUUAGAACUUGAACUGGCAGAGGAAAAAUUACCCAUGACUCUUUCUAGGCAAGAGGUUAUCAGAAGAUUGAGAGAAAGAGGAGAACCAAUCAGACUAUUUGGAGAAACAGAUUAUGAUGCUUUUCAACGUUUAAGAAAAAUAGAGAUCCUCACACCGGAAGUUAACAAGGGAUUGAGGAAUGAUCUGAAAGCAGCUUUGGAUAAGAUUGAUCAGCAGUACCUCAAUGAACUUGUGGGUGGCCAAGAGCCUGGAGAAGAAGACACCCAGAAUGAUUUGAAAGUUCAUGAAGAGAACACCACAAUUGAAGAAUUAGAGGCUCUGGGAGAGUCUUUAGGAAAAGGUGAUGAUCAUAAAGACAUGGACAUCAUUACCAAAUUCCUUAAGUUUCUUCUUGGUGUUUGGGCUAAAGAGCUGAAUGCCAGAGAGGAUUAUGUGAAGCGCAGUGUGCAGGGUAAACUGAACAGUGCUACUCAGAAACAGACUGAGUCCUAUCUCAGACCCCUUUUCAGGAAGCUACGGAAGAGGAAUCUUCCUGCUGAUAUUAAAGAAUCCAUAACAGAUAUUAUUAAAUUCAUGUUGCAGAGGGAAUACGUGAAGGCUAACGAUGCCUAUCUUCAGAUGGCCAUUGGAAACGCCCCUUGGCCCAUUGGUGUUACUAUGGUUGGCAUCCACGCCAGAACUGGCAGGGAAAAGAUUUUUUCCAAGCACGUUGCACAUGUUUUAAAUGAUGAGACACAGCGGAAAUAUAUUCAGGGACUGAAGAGGCUAAUGACCAUUUGCCAGAAGCACUUUCCUACAGAUCCAUCAAAAUGUGUGGAGUACAAUGCACUAUGAGAUCUGUGUGCGGUGUGUAAAUAUCAAGAGAAGCUUAAGGAAGCCUGUCAUGGACUUCUGGAAUUACCACCAGUUGCAAUGAGGGAAGAAGAAAAAAGGAGUUUGUGGUCUCUGAGUUCUACCUAAUGCAGCUCUUGGUUUUAAGAACCUGUGUUGACUCUCAUGUCACAUCUGACUGCAGAGUGAUUUUUGUGUCUUACUUUUAAGUAGUCAAAAAAUUAAGUACUAAAGACUUUCCCCAGUAAUGUAAAUGUGUAAAUUUAAAACAGUCACAGGACACGGUUUAAAAUAACUUUUCCCCUCUAGACUUAAAAGUUGAAAUGAGAUUAAAGAGGAACAUUUGAGGAUGGACUUAAUGAUUUCUAUAAAAUAUGGUAAUUUUCAUGUUGCCUUUUAUGUUGUGUUUAUAGAGAAAUAUUUUUGUAUUUUUCAACAAAAAUAUGGAACUAUGUAGUGAAACUUGAUCGUCCUUAAAUGUUGCUUGACUUUUGCCACCUUGCAAUAUAUUUGAAUGUGAAUGUUUUUACUAUUAAGUGUCUAUCUUGCAUUUUAAAGCUUUUAUCCUUUAAAGAUAUACAUUAUAGUAUUGGUCAUCUCUCAGAACAGAAUUAACAGGAAUUAGAACUUUGGAAAACAAAGAUGGUAUAUUAAACCAACAGAAGUUCAAAUUCAGUAGCCCCAGGCAUCAAGGUUUCAAGGUGAGGAAAUGGAUUGUCAGGGCCGCUGCUGGCUCUUCCUAGAAUAGGACUGCCUGCUAAUGUCAUCCUCCCAAGACCAUGGUGGAUGGCUGGUCCUGCUCCGUCUCACCGGCCAAAGAGAAGGGUGCUGGACUCUUGUCACUGCCCAAGUUGUAGGGCUUGGUCUGAUUUCACUCAAGUGAGGACUUCUUUUGACUCUUGCACAGUGUCACACCCAGAUAACUGUGAUGAAUCACUGCGCUUUAGAAGUCGAGAGGACUCAGUGGAUAGAGACAGGGGGGUAAAUAGAAUGGUACUUGACCAGGUGGAGUGGUGCUGGCAGCUCCUGGUAGGAGUGGGGCUCUGACAUCAGAACUGCCUCGCUUCAAACUUCAGCAACACAGGCAUGUGUAUGUCUGUACACCCACAAGCAAGGUACUUCAUCUCUCUAAACUUCAGCUUCCUUGUCUGCAGAUGGUGGUAGUCAUUGUCCAUGCCUCUUAGCAUCACUGUUCUAAGUAAAAUAAAAUGUAUAGCACGCUA